AUGACUCUCGUCAAAUAUUUGGCUCUGGCUGCGUUCCUUGCGAUCAAUCUUUGCGAAAUCGAAGCACAUGGAAGACUCAUGGACCCUGUCAACCGGAGUAGUGCCUGGAGGAGGGGUUUUAAUGUUUCUACUAAUUUCAAUGAUGCUGGAAACUACUGCGGUGGAUUCGGGGUUCAGUAUAAUAAGCAGAACAAGGGCAGGUGCGGUGUGUGUGGUGACGAUUUUUCCCUGCCUCAGCCACGCGCGAAUGAAAAUGGUGGAAAAUUCGGAAAGGGCAUAAUUGUGAAAACAUACCGAGCCCGAUCGAAAAUCAAAGUCGACGUUGAAUUGACAGCCAAUCAUAAGGGUUACUACGAGUUUGCACUGUGUCCUUUAAAAGACAAAAAACAAUUGGAGACCGAAGAGUGCUUCGACAUGUAUAAGCUCAAGCUCGUCAACGGUGGAUACCAAUAUAAGGUCACUGCAGGAAAGCUAGGACAUGAGUAUAUCCCGCUCCAACUUCCGGCCGGUUUGACUUGCAAUCAUUGCGUUCUUCGGUGGCAAUACACCGCUGGCAACAACUGGGGCAUUUGUCCAGAUGGCAAGGGUCGCGUAGGAUGUGGUCCCCAAGAAACUUUUCGAACCUGUUCUGACAUCGAGAUUCAAUAAAUUCAUUCCAAACUUUCAUGUUUAUAGAAAUUUAAAAAAAAAUUGCUAUACUUGUAAUGGACGAGAAUGAAAUUGUCUAUCGUCGAGCGACCUGCAUCAAUUCUUUACUUUCGAUAAAUUCUGCAA